CUCGCUGCUCCUCGUCACGUGCGGUUUCCGUUCGAUCCUCUUUUUCUCUCCUCGUUCGCCAAGUCACUUGACAGUUCACGAGUGCACGAUUGCGUAAUCGUGAAUGACGCGUGGGAGAAUCGGUAUCGUGACAAUACUUGAAAUAAAGAAACAGCACGAUGAUAAUUAAUGAUAUUGCAAUACUUGGAGUUUAUCGCGAGUUUUCCAGUCGUCUACAAAAAUCACAUUCUCAUUAUUUCUUCGCAAAAGUUCGUUCGUCUAAAACAUACAUGAAUAUCAAUAAUAUUUACAUUAUUGCUAAUUGAUAUCAUUUAUCGUGAAUGCUCGCGAAUCUAUCUUUUUUAACGGAGUGAAUAUUCUUUGAUCCUAUCGAGGGGGCUUUUCUCUCGAAGCUCAUCAAUCAAUCAUCAGAGACAAUUUUAUCUGUCACGAUAAUCGUCUUAUUUAUCGACCGGCCGAUUUGUCCACGUUAAUCCGUCCAGCUAAUUGACAUAUCAAUUGCUUGCUCGUGUACACGUCAUUCUUUUCAUGUCAUUCCUUUGUGCAUCAUUUGAAACGUGCGUUCAACCGAGUGGUUUUACUACGAGCGACUGAACUAUUCGUAUUCGCGAAUACAAACGCACGGCUAGCAGUGUUAUAUGGUCAUCGACGUUUGAACGGAAACGUCAGCCAGUGUAUCCGUCGAAAGAAAUAACGCGCUUCGGUGGAAGCUGCGGGAAAGUCGAUAAAAGCCUCUCGCACGAUGCGAACUGAAAAAAUUGUUUUCCCUCACGCCGAUGUCUCGAAGCAUCGUCUCAGUGAAAAAAGUUGCGAAUACGCGAAUAUAAGUGUCGCGGGUUUGUGUGGGUUCGCCUAAAAAUAAAGGUGCGUUUAUCACUUCACUCGUAAAGCUUGGACUUGCGACCUGACGCGCGUGUCUGAUGUGAGUCAUUCGUCGUCGCUCGUCGAAGGGUCUGAUCGUUCCCGAAGAGUGUCAUCGCGAAUAUCACGCAAUGAUCACGGACUGGUUGGACACAUGGUUCGGCCGGCCGAAGAAAUCCGGCCGCGGGGGUGGGCCGCGCGGCUAUUCGGGCAGCAACACCAUGCCCAGGCCGCAUUCCGGCGACGAUUUCAACGAGAUCGAGCAACAGCGUUGCAUUAUCGAGAAGAUGGACGAAGAGACGGUGAACGACAGAUUCGAAGAAAUGCUGGCUAAUAUGAAUCUAACGGAGGAGAAGAAGGAACCGUUGCGGCAACAAUCCGAGUCGAAGAAGAAGGAAAUGCUGGUUCUGCAUUACAAGGGCAGUAUACAGGACACCCGAUCGAAAUUCGACAAGCCGGCGGACUACAUACAGUAUCUGGCGCAGCCCGACUUGAGCGUCAACAAGAUCUACAGUUGCAUCGAGUCCCUUAGGAUCGCACUCACCAACAAUCCGCUGAGCUGGGUGCAAGAGUUCGGUACCAAGGGACUCAAGCAGGUCCUGGCCACUCUAAAUGAGUGUUAUCGAAAUGAUAAUCGUUACGAGCGAAUACAGUACGAGUGUAUUCGCUGCUUAAAGGCUAUUAUGAAUAACACAGUGGGCAUAAAAGAGAUGUUGGCCCACCACGAGGCUCUCACUAUCGUAGCCAGAUCAUUGGAGCCGACGAAGCCGUCCGUAAUGUCCGAAGCUGUAAAGUUGCUCGGCGCGGUGUGUCUCAUAUCUAGCGACAGUCACAAAAAGGUUUUGGAUGCGAUUACUAUGAAUGGCGAGUUCAAAGGUCGCGAAAGAUUCUUGCCAAUUGUACAGGGGUUGAUGAAUAAGAAGAAUGAAAAUUUAAGGGUAGUGUGCCUUCAACUCAUAAACUCGAUAAUAUCGUCCGCCGAGGAUCUAGAUUUUCGCUUACAUUUGAGAAAUGAAGUAAUGCGAGUCGGUUUAGCUGACAUUCUCGAAAUGCUGGAGAAAGACGAGUCAGAAGACCUGGCGACGCAUCUAAAAAUCUUUAAUGAUCACAAAGAGGAGGAUUAUGAAGAGUUUGUGCAGAGAUUCGAUAACGUGCGCUUAGAAUUAGAUGACGUUAAUGACUGCUUCGAAGUAGUCAAAAAUAUGGUGAUGGAUACUUCCGCCGAACCAUACUUCCUCUCUAUACUUCAACAUCUUUUAUUCGUUCGAGAUGACACUCAAAUCCGACCGGCAUAUUAUAAAUUAAUCGAAGAGUGUAUAUCGCAAAUUGUGUUGCAUCGUUCAGGCUGUGAUCCGGAUUUUAGCGCGACAAAGCGCUUCCAGAUUGACGUACAACCGUUGAUCGAUACCCUAGUCGAAAAGUCACGGGCCGAGGAGGAACGUCGACUGGUAGAAGUGACGCAAAAGUUAGAGGAAGCAAUAGCCAGCAAACAAGAGGCCGAGGCGAAGCUCCAGCAUGCGGAGAACAAGAUCAAGGAACUGGAGCAAGGAACAGCGAGACCUGGCGGUCCCAGAACUGCUGUAUGUCCGCCUCCGCCACCUAUGCCUGGAAUGGGAGGACCAUUGCCGCCAAUGCCUCCUCCCCUUCCUGGCGGGGGUCCACCGCCACCACCUCCGCCACCUAUGCCCGGGAUGAAAGGGCCUCCGCCUCCACCUAUGCCUGGAAUGGGGGGACCUCCGCCACCACCUAUGCCCGGAAUGGGUCCUCCAGCGCCACCGAUGAUGGGGGCAUUCUCUCCGCCGCCUCCACCGAUGCAAGCUUUACCUCCCGGGCUAAAACCGAAAAAGAAAUGGGAAAUAGACGGCCCAUUGAAGAGAGCUAAUUGGAAGGCAAUUUUGCCUCACAAAUUAACAGAAAAAUCAUUCUGGACGAAAGUACAAGAGGAUAGGUUAGCUACCCCGGAAAUAUUGGAUGGUCUCACGCAAAAGUUUGCAUCAAAACCGAGUGGGAAGAAAGUCGACGACGUAGUUGAUAAGUCAGCUCCAAUGAAGAAAGUUAAGGACCUCAAAGUUUUGGAUAGUAAAGCAGCACAAAAUAUAUCGAUACUUCUCGGUGGAACACUGAAGCACAUGCCUUACAUAGAAGUGAAAAGAUGUUUGUUUAGAUGCGAGGGACCAGUCAUUUCGGACAACAUAUUGCAAGGAUUAAUUCAGUAUUUGCCGCCACCUGAUCAACUGACGAAAUUACAAAUGUACAAAGAUCAAUAUGACGAUUUAACUGAAGCGGAACAAUUCUGCGUUACGAUAUCUACAAUAAAAAGAUUACUGCCAAGGCUAAGAUCACUGAGCUUUAUGUUGCGGUACGACGAACUAAUGCAAGACGUGAAACCUGAUAUAGUAGCGGUUACGGCGGCGUGCGAAGAAGUGUUGAAUAGCCAAAAGUUCAGGCAGAUUCUCCAGUUAAUACUGUUAUUUGGAAAUGUUAUGAAUUCCGGUUCCAGAAAUGGCCAAGCGUUUGGAUACGAAAUCAGUUUUCUCACAAAGUUGACCAGUACUAAAGACAUUGAUAACAAACAAACUCUCAUGCACUAUUUGGUGGAUACGAUAGAAAGAAAGUAUCCAGAGUGUCUCAAAUUCAUAGAUGAAUUACCGCAUGUAGAUCGCGCCAGUCGGGUGUCUUUGGAGAAUGUUCAACGGACGUUACGUCAGAUGGAUACCAAUAUCCGUAAUCUCGAACAGGAUCUCGCAAAUGCUAAAAUUCCGCAAGACAAUGAAGAUCUAUUUAUCGAUGUUAUGAAACCAUUUGCUAAGAAAGCUAGGGAGUCCUACGAAGUGCUGCAGAAUAUGUUCAAGAAUAUGGACAGCUUAUUUACGGACGUCUCCGAUUUCUACUCCUUCGACAGACAGAAGUACACCAUAGAGGAAUUCUUCGGCGAUCUCAAGACAUUCAAAGAUGAUUUCUUGCAAUCGCAGAGGGAAAUAAUUAAAUUAAAAGAAGGCGAGGAGAAGCAGAGGCGGGCAAGAGAAGCGCGCGAGAAAGCGGAAGUGGAAAAGGCGGCGCGAGCCGCGCGUAAACGCGCACUAGUCGACAUGAACGCGCACGAGACACAGGAAGGUGUCAUGGACAGUCUGAUGGAAGCUCUGCAGACUGGAUCAGCCUUCAGUCGACCGGACCAACGACGCAAACGGCAAACACGUGUAGCUGGUGGUAAGUUCUAUAGGACUACGUUCAUCCAGAGGCGAAAAAUGAAGAAGGACCGAACGACUAGACCGUAUAUAUUUAGUAAUGCUUUAGACGAAUCCACUAAUUUGACGCGUGAUUAUGAAAAUCUAUCUCCGAUUGAGACAUCAAUUGCACGACGCGACGCGCUUCCGAACAGAAUUAUGACUAAAUUACACACGGUGGAUGAUUCAACGAGCUUCUAUACUCCGGAAGAAAACCAAGAUCUCUUCAAGCAAAUGUUGAUAGACGAGGCGAAAAAGACGCCUAAGUUAGACGAGGUGAAAAAGAAGCAGCAAAUGAAGCAUUUGUCUAGAGUCAUGUUCUUUCAAAAAAAGCGAUCGUGCGACUGUUGUAAUCAUACGUAUUACGCAGCUACGUCAGUGUCUGGCGAAACGCCAAGAAGAGAUGUUUUGUUAAAAACACCUGGAAACUUGGAAUCCAGAGGUGUUAACGCUGAUUGCUACUCGAGCCCCUUCGUCAGCGAGUCCAUUAAUCGUGCACGCAUGAUUAGUCCGGUUAAAGAGAGGCGCGUCAUAGUCAGCAAGAUACGUAAAAGAAAUAGUAUCGUGCGCCGCGCUAUAUCCAAUCGCAAACGUUUACACGCGAGUAAUACGAUUACAAAGCGUCGUAAAUUGCGAUCGGCAUCUAACUUACAAAGUCCAUCCAGUAUAAAUACCAAUACGCCGGUCGCGAACACGUCAGUUACAAACACAAAUUCCGUAAAUGCAAAAAGAAGAAUGUCAAAUUCAAUCGAUGGUUUUCACACUAAAAUACUGAAGACAGCGUCUUCUCCGAUCAAACUUUUAAGAUCGAAAAAUUUUGAAAACCUUGCGCGUUAUCACGAUGGAAAUCAAACCAUGCAAUAUUUCAGAAAUGGAUCUAUAAACUUGAAUCUAUCUACUAAGUAUUCGAGCGCCGAACAAAUAAGUAUAGUACAAUCGCCGAUGUUGGUCGAGAUGAGUGGAGUUAAGUUAUUAUCGGAAAACAGUCCCUUGCAUUUCAUAAACACAUCGAAAACAAGCGGAUCAAGUACAAAAAGUAGUCGUAAUAUAUUUAAAAGACCGAAGAAUGGAUCAUGGAAAAAAAAAUGGAAGUUUUGGCAGACAUCCAUGAAUACUGUUUAAUGUAUAAUUAUAUAUCUCGCUUUUCGUUAGUCAAUAUAAGACUGAUAUUAAAAAAGGAAAGACUGACAACAAAAAAAUUAAGUUUUUAACUAUAUUUUUGCGUGGAUAUAUUGUGAAAGGCAUUAAAAUGCAGGUUGUAGAAGUCGUUGCUAGGUUUUUUUUGCUUUAUUUUUAAAGUAAUAAAAUUCGUAUAAAUUUUUAAUAAUACAAAUAACUUUUGCUUAUUUAUGGAACAGUAAUUGCAUCUAAUUGUAAGUGCCGUACAACUUUUCAAGAUUGAUAAUUGUGAUAUAAUACUGUGAUAUGAACAUUUUAUUUGUGUAUAAUCAAGUAUUUCAAACAAAUAGAAUAAUUAAUGAAAAUGCUUAAUUUUGAGUUUGGUACGUAUUUGACGCAUGCAAAUAUAUUUUAUUGACACACAAAGUACUAGAAAAAAAUAUGACAAUGUAAUAGUAAAAUAAGGAUAAGAACAGAUCAGAAUAUUUCAUGCCAUUUCGAUAAUUGAUGUAGCUAGACUGCAAGUUUAAUGAGAUUUAAAUAAAUAUGUAAUUUUUUUCUUUUUUUUUUUGUUACUGAUAUAUUGUAACGCGUAAAUUUUUAAUUA